AUGCCUUUCUGCACUGGCCUUGACCUAUUGGUAUCAUUUUCGAGAUUCACCACGCCACUGGAUAGCCCUGAUCCUGGUCGCCACAUACAUCAUCCUCAUAACGAGAGAAGCAACACUCAAGGUAUUGGACGCAAUCAACAGCACAACUCCCCAGCUAUGUUUCAGAAUGCCACUCGUCUACCGGAUUCACCGCCAACAACCGACAUAUCCGGUGCCGGUUCAUCGGGCUCGCCUGAAAGCAAUUCUGACGCGCCGUAUUCACCAGAGAACUAUCCAAAUUAUGUCGGUGAGUAA